AUGUUACUCCGUGUAUUUGAAAAUAACGGGGUUGCAAGAGCAACAAGAACCACCCCUCUCUCUCUCUCUUUUUGCAUUUCCACUUCUUUCACUUCACCAUCCAAGUUCCAACAUUAACUCCUUCUAUGUUCUAACUCUCUCUCACCAUCCAUAUUCCUCAACUUCAAAUCCUCUCUCUCUCUUCUAGACCAUUUUCUCUCUCACCAAAACUCAUCUAAGUUGAGCUUUUCCUGCUUCCUUAAUUUGUUUUGUUUAAUCCUAUUGUGAUUUCAUUGGUUCCCUUCUUCGCUAAGGAACAAGUGUGUCUAUAAUAUAAUACAUAAUCACAUAGAUGAGGUGGUUUGGAGUUGGUUUAUUUUUAUAUGUUCUCCUUUUUUCUAACUUCAUAAAUGGUGAUAAUGAUUCAAAAUGUAGGUAGCUUAGGGAAAUAAAAGUUUGUCCAAACUGGGUAUUCUGCACUAUUUUAAAAAAACAAAAACUUUAGUCAUUUUUUUUUUUUGGGUUAGGAUUAGAGGAAAAAGCAUGAAGAACUUGUACUGGUUCAAAGAGAUUUCUAACAACGUGAGAUCAGGGAGAAGGCUUUCACUAGGGGAAUACAAGAGAGCAGUAUCAUGGUCAAAGUAUUUGAUCUCUUCUGGGGCAGCCAUAAAGGGAGAAGGAGAAGAAGAAUGGAGUGCUGAUCUGUCUCAGUUGUUCAUAGGGUCAAAAUUUGCCUCUGGAAGGCAUAGCAGGAUCUACAGAGGCAUCUACAAGCACAUGGAUGUUGCAAUUAAGCUGGUGAGUCAACCUGAGGAGGAUGAGGAAUUGGCUGUUUUGCUUGAGAAGCAAUUCACUUCUGAGGUUGCUUUGCUCUUUCGAUUGCGCCAUCCAAAUAUCAUCACUUUUGUUGCAGCUUGCAAGAAACCUCCUGUCUUCUGUAUAAUUACUGAAUAUUUAUCUGGGGGUUCCUUAAGAAAAUACUUGGUUCAGGAAGGACCACAUUCAGUUCCUCUCAGAGUUGUUCUGAAAUUAGCCUUAGACAUAGCACGGGGAAUGCAAUAUCUUCAUUCUCAGGGUAUACUUCACAGAGAUCUCAAAUCAGAAAACCUGCUGUUGGGGGAAGAUUUGUGUGUAAAAGUAGCAGAUUUUGGGAUCUCAUGCUUGGAAUCCCAGACAGGCAGUGCAAAAGGAUUCACUGGAACAUACCGUUGGAUGGCUCCUGAAAUGAUCAAAGAAAAGCGUCACACCAAGAAAGUAGAUGUCUAUAGUUUCGCCAUAGUUCUGUGGGAACUAUUAACAGGAUUGACGCCAUUUGACAACAUGACACCAGAGCAAGCAGCAUAUGCUGUGACUCACAAGAGCAUGUGGCUGUGUUUAUCAUAUAGUCUUACUCAUGAGAGAAAGACACCUCAUCAACAAUAUUAUAUUACCCUAAGGUAGAGGCUUCUCUAUUUUGCCUGACUUCCAGACGAUUCUUAAGCUUUUGCCAACAUUCAAAGAUUCGGUAUCUGCCAUCAAAAUUCAUCACAGUCAAUCAUUGCUACCACCUCUAACUUUUCCCACAUAUGCACAGAACACCAAAAUCAAGUUAGAGAUUCGAUAACAAAACAUAUAUAUUUGGACCAACACAAAUAACAUUUUCACAUUCACUGUUUUUGCACAUGUUACGAUAUCCUAGUGAUAUCCUUUACGUGAGGUGGCUGUAUAAAAUAAUAAAUGAAGAUGGAUUGUGCUGCUAUUUUCCUAUAGGACUUGUGAAUCACAACAAUUUAUAUGUUUUGGAAAUGCUUAACACAUUACACUUUUUUUGUCCGUUUCUAGUAGCUCAAUUUGGUGGAUU